AUGGAAGUCGCAGAUAAGAACAAAAAAAGGAAUGCUGAAAAUUAUGAGGAUUCCGUUGAUAAGCGGUCAAAUGAGUCUGGGUUACUGAAAAGUAACCAAGAACACUCGAGCAAGCGCCAAAGAGUUGAAGUAACUGAUAAUCCUUAUUUAGCGCACCGUCAACUUAACAAAAGUCCACUUGAUGGCUGGUUUCCAGGAAGAACUACUGCUGAACAAGCCCGAGUAGCUGAAGAUGGUGAAAUAAAUCCUUUCACAAAUAAACCUUUCAGUAAGCGAUAUCGUGAACUUUUAAGAUCUCGGCGAACCCUACCAGUACACGCACAAAGAAAGGAAUUUCUUGAUCUGGUUCAUGACAACCAAUUUGUCGUAUUUGUUGGUGAAACUGGUUCCGGGAAAACGACUCAAAUUCCGCAAUUUUUAUGCUACGAUAUACUUCCACAUUUAAAGAAAAAGCAAAUUGCGUGUACACAGCCUCGUCGAGUUGCUGCUAUGUCUGUAGCUCAACGUGUAGCUGAUGAAAUGGAUGUAAAGCUUGGUGAAGAGGUCGGAUACAACAUCCGUUUUGAAGAUUGUUCGGGGCCCAAAACUAUGUUAAAGUAUUUAACAGAUGGUAUGCUUUUGCGUGAAGCUAUGAAUGAUCCAAAUUUAGAAAAAUAUUCUGCUAUUAUUCUUGAUGAGGCACACGAGCGUACCCUAGCAACUGAUAUUCUUAUGGGUUUAAUGAAGCAGAUUGCUAAAGUACGUAAAGAUCUAAAGGUCAUUGUAAUGAGCGCUACUCUCGACGCUGAAAAAUUCCAAAGAUAUUUCAAUGAAGCACCAGUCCUUACCGUUCCAGGUAGGACUUUUCCGGUGGAGAUUUAUUAUACACCUGAAGCUGAACGAGAUUAUCUUGAGGCUGCUAUUCGUACGGUUAUGCAAAUUCAUGAAUAUGAACCACCUGGUGACAUUUUAUUAUUUUUAACUGGUGAAGAAGAAAUUGAAAAUGCUUGUUUAAAGAUUCGCACAGAGAAUGAAGAGUUGAUGAAAAGAUCCGAUCUAGGAACAUUAAAAGUCCUCCCAUUAUAUUCCUCGUUACCACCUCAACAACAACAAAGAAUUUUCGAAGACGCACCACCACCCCGCAUGAAGGACGGAAAACCUGGUCGCAAAGUUAUUGUAUCAACCAAUAUUGCAGAAACAUCUUUAACUAUUGAUGGUAUUGUCUAUGUUGUUGAUCCUGGCUUUAGCAAACAAAAAGUUUAUAAUCCUCGUAUCCGCGUCGAAUCGCUGCUUGUAAGCCCUAUUAGUAAAGCUUCUGCUCAACAAAGGGCUGGUCGUGCUGGUCGUACGCGUGCAGGAAAAUGUUUCCGCCUUUACACUGAGAAAGCAUUUCUUAAAGAAUUACAAGAACAGACAUAUCCUGAAAUUUUAAGGAGCAAUCUGGGCAGUGUAGUCCUUCAAUUAAAAAAGUUGGGAAUAGACGAUCUUGUACAUUUUGAUUUUAUGGAUCCUCCAGCUCCAGAAACAUUGAUGCGUGCUCUUGAGCUUCUAAAUUAUCUUGGAGCUCUUGAUGACGAUGGUAAUCUCACUGGCGAUGGAAUUUUAAUGGCCGAGUUCCCACUUGAUCCUCAACUGGCAAAAAUGUUGAUAGAAAGUCCCAAGUAUAGAUGCUCUAAUGAAAUCCUUUCAAUCGCUUCAUUAUUAUCAGUGCCAAAUAUUUUCGUCCGACCUAAUGAAUCGAAAAAGCAAGCCGAGGAUGCUAAAGGAAAAUUUGCACACACUGAUGGAGAUCAUUUAACUUUGUUGAAUGUUUAUCAUGCUUAUAAAACUAAUAUAAAUGAUCCGGAAUGGUGUUAUAACAAUUAUCUCAGUGCUCGAUCUUUGAAAUCGGCUGACAAUGUCCGUCAGCAACUCAAGCGCAUUAUGGAACGUUGUGACCAAGAUUUGGUUAGCACACCAUUUGAGGAUAGAAGUUAUUAUACAAACAUUAGGCAAGCUUUGACGGCGGGAUUCUUUAUGCAAGUUGCACAUUUGGAAAAAUCAGGCCAUUAUUUGACAUGUAAAGAUAAUCAGAUUGUUCAACUUCACCCAUCUUCGUCCCUUGGGCAUCAACCUGAAUGGGUCUUGUAUAAUGAAUUUGUUCUUACGACCAAGAAUUAUAUUCGCACUGUGACUGAAGUAAAAGCUGAUUGGCUUUUGGAUAUUGCACCAAUUUAUUAUGAUCUUCGAAAUUUCCCUAAUUGUGAGGGAAAGAGAGUUUUAGAAAAACAUUUGACUAGAAGGGCUAGAAAUAAGAA